GUCUAGGAAAGGAUCCCCCUUCCUGUUGCCUACUUCCACUUUUGUUUUAGAGAAACGUGUUUUAGGUCGAAGUUAUUAAAAAUGGGCAAACUCCUCGUUAUUGCAUGCGGGGCUGUAUCUGCUGUUAUCACGACAGAACUGAUUUAUCAAUGCUUCAUUUGGCAAAGGGGGAAGAGAAAACAGAGGAAACUGAAACACGAAGAAGAAGGGAUGAUAACCGAAGUUUUAUUCUUUCCUGAUAAAGAAGUUGCGUGUAAAAAUCACUUUAUUAGUGACCGAGGUUGUUUUAAUAGGAAGUGUAGAUUUUCACAUGCUAAAACAUCAUUAAGUGAACUAUAUAGACAUUUGAAUACAGCAGAAAAAAGUUUAGACGUCAGUAUAUUUUGUUUUACUUGUUUUGAUUUAGCAGAAAUUUUGAUUAUGAAACACAAACGUGGCGUGAAAAUUCGGAUAAUAACAGAUGAUGAUAUGCAGGCGGAUUCGUCAGGUGCUCAAAUUUUGAAUCUUAGAAAAGAAGGUAUAGCAGUACGUACUAAUAGAUCAUCAUAUCUGAUGCAUCAUAAAUUUGUUAUAGUUGAUUCGAGAUUACUUAUUAAUGGAUCGUUUAACUGGACACGCCAAGCCAUCACUGGAAAUCAGGAAAAUCUCCUUAUAACUAACGAUUCAUAUGUUGUAAAUGAGUUUAGAAAUGAAUUCGAAAAAUUGUGGCAUGAGUUUGACCCGAAGAACUAUACAGAAUCGGGGUAAAAGGAAACAAGAAAUGAAGUCUUCCGGUUAAAACUCUGGGAGAAUAAGUAUUGUAUGAUGCAAAAGAAAAACAAUGCCCACUCAUUGUAUUGUCGUUGUAUAUAUUUGACAUUUGUAUUAUAAACUACAAACUGGGUUGAUAACAAACUUUCAUAGUGACCAUGCGUAACUUUCACUCAUCACCUAAACUCAUCGUUUGUUAGUUACCUUUCAUUGGUUUUAUCCUUGUCACGUAUAUAUUCUCAACAUUUUCGUCUGAUUUUAUUAAAGUUUAGCAAGAGAUAUCCCUUGAGUAAUUGUUUUAAGUCCAAUUCUCGGAGUAAAUCACCUUGACUAGAAGGCUAAUAUGCACCAAAAAUAGCCCGUGAAUACAUUUCUAGGUCUUAUGGUAAUGACAUUUGGUGUGGGGGCUUCAUAUCUAUGAAGUGGCCCAGUGGCUCGCUAACCCGGAGGUCCGUUGUGGAAUUUCAUCGUUUUUUUCCCCAGCGUUGUCAUUUUUAUUCGUCCUGGAAGGAGGGCCUACCAUGGGACGAAAAACUGACGUCCCGUGUAUUGGUGUUUUUAUUAAAUAUAGAAUGAAUAAAAACAAGGGAAUGUACGGGUUAUUUCUAUUUUUCUCGUUUUCUCUUAUCUAGUGACAUUUUAUUAUUUUUUUUAAUGGCAGAUAUCCUCUCACAGUCAUACAUGAUAAAUUUUCCUGUUAUUCGGUAUUAUCGGUGAACAGAUAUUCGCCCGUGUAUCUGUUAUCGCUCGUACUUCAGUGAGUUAUAUAGAAGGAUAACUCUUUUUUCCAUUUGUUGCAUCACUUCCGUUUCUUCAAAUUUUCGUUAGCAUCUAUCGUAGCAAUGAUCUCUGUUAAAAUUAUAUUGUCGAAACACGUACUACUACUAAUAACAAAACGUUUGGUCUUGAAGUAUAACUUCCUUUUUUUAUUAAGAGUUCAAAAUAACAAGUUUUUCCACUUGAUUGUUGGUGUGACAAGACGUACCGAACACGCCAGUACUCCUUCGGGGUUCUAGUUUCAUUUCAUUUCAUAAUAAUAAGAUUUCGACUGAGUAUGAAUGUAAAGAUUCGUUCUUGUUCAGACUGUUCAUGCGAAUUAGUAUAUGUCUUCAUAAUAUCUAUAAGAAUUCCCAAUAUCUAUAAGAAUUCGACCGAAUUAUGUUUAACAAUUUGUCAAAGUAUUGUCCUUGUUCCGAAUUUUUUAUCAGAAUUUGACAAAGUUUGACAUCUGACAUUCUAUGAGAUGAAACGGAUAAGUAUGAAACACAAAUAGUAAGAAAGAGAAUUAAGGAGCAUACAUGUAUUCUUUAAUAGGAAAUAUGAUGAAACUAGUAAUUGUGUCAAAAUGAACAUUUCGAAUUUGAACUUUUAUUUUUAUAUUUCAUAUAUUAAUACAUGUCUUACACUUAAAGAUGGGUUCCCGCGUACAAACUGGGUGAUUUAAUGGUAUAUAUGGACUAAAAACAUAUUCAAACUAAUUAAUUUGUCAUAACUUUGCUUCAAAUCCUUCUCAAACAUUGUAAUUGCGAAGGAAUGUCCUGCUAUAAAAAUUCGAUCAUACCAGGUCAUGUUUACGUCACGUGACUUACCUCUCUUGGAAGUCAGAGGAGAAUUCAUUGCGUACAUAAGACGAUGUUGUCUUUAAUCGCUAACUAUUUAUUACAAAUAUCAAAUCCUGAUUAAAUUCUCGGAUUAUCCACUACCCGCGUCUUUUUUCGUCAUUUUUAUCUCAGAAAGCGUUGUACGCCUAACUCUUCAUAAAGUUUAUCAACUUGUACAUCAAGCGCUCAAUGUUCGCGUGUGACCUUUGACAUCACGCGUGCAGAAAUUCCUAAUCGUCGGGCUGUUGAUUAGGGGAACCCUUACAUUUUUGUCCUGUAUACGCUCCAUGAGUGUUUUUCGGGGAAUCCAGUAUUUUUCUAGUAAGAUUGGAUAUCUCUACUUUCCAUAUAUACCAAAAUUACCAUACUUUUAUUGGAAAUAACCACCCGAUAAAUACUCUCCUGGGAACCCAUCUUUAAUUCGAACGAUAAAUGAUCCAUCACAAAACAUAUUCAUAUCCACUAAAUAUCGCAAGCUAACGAUGGCAUCGAGAUUUGAUUAUGGUCUUGAUAAGUUAAUUAAUGUCUAAUUAAUAAUUCUUAAGUCAGAGAAUUCUUUGUGAACUCGGGGCCUGGAACACGACACCUAUCAUAGGUGUUCCGUGCAUACCUCAUAUUCAAACAACGAUAAAGCACGUAAUUUGAUGGAUUGGGGAAUCCCUUGUAAACUACAAUAUUGUGGAAAUUGAAUCCCAGAAAAUGAAUAUCAGUUCAAAAAUGUAAAGUUCUGUUCAGUAUUUGAAAAUUCGUCAACAUUUGAUAUGCAGUUGUUAAGAACGGAAUAUAGACGCAAGCCAGCGCCACCGGUCUUUUCUAAAUUCUUUUGGUAGGCCUCUUUUUCAACCGAUUGAAUCCAAGUCGGAAGAUUGUCUAUUGUUGAUAGUUUGAUUUUGUUUUCUUAAUUAAAGGUUAAUAAACAAUUAGAGUAGAGUUUUGCAUGGAUUAAGCCGAGGAAAAUUGGAUAGUUUCCGCAAAUCACGCCCAGUGAUCUUAUUUUUCAAUCUUCUAAACAAGAGUAAGAUUAUAAAUGACAGUAUUAAAUGCAGAGAAUAUAGAAGGGUAUUCAUCUGGUUGAGUUGACAGAUUCUGAAACACCUAUCUGUUAUGAUUAGUAUGAUUUCAGUAUGUGUGUAACUAAUGAGCACGUAUCAGCUUUCAGAAAUGCUUUGGGGGUCACGGUGGCUAAGUGGCCAGUAAGACGCGGCUCGCUAGCCUGGAGGUUGGUGUUCGAUCCCUACGUUGGCCGAGAAAGUUCAUCCAAAUUUUCCGGCGUGGUUCCCCCUUGUCAGUGAUGCAGGAUGGAGGGCCUGGCAAGGACAACUGUCUAGUCGUUCUGAUGGGACGAAAAACCGAAGUCCCAUGUACACAUACGCGUGCACGUAAAAGAUCCCUUGACAGUUGGAAUUCGAUAUAAGAGUAGGCCGUAGUGCCGCUGUCCGGGCAAAAUUUCCCUCAUAGCACACUGUAUGGCGUAUGCCCGUCUUCAUUAGUCCAGUUCGGAGCAGAACAGAAGGACGUUAAACCCCAUUUCAUUUCAUUUUAUAAAUGCUUUAGGUAUUUUUCAGACUUAUAAUCUUUUAUUUAUGUUUUUUUCAUUCUUAUGAAUUUUCCCCGUUAUUUAUAUCAGACCUUACAGUCAGCAUAGAGUACUAGUUAUUUAAAUUUAGUGCUAAUAUAUAAUAAUAAUAACCAUUUUCUAGAGCGCUGAACAUUCAUCCAGACUGCUCUGUGGUUCUUUAAUUCGUCUUUAAUGCAAAUAGUACAUACGGUCCAGAGCCGGAUUUACCUACUCAUCGGUUUACCAAGUGUACACUUGAAACAAGGUUAUAAGUUUCCACGCUGUACGCGACAAAUUAGCUUCCGUAGGCCCAAUGCCAACGACCUAUACAAUGCCUAUUGGUAAAUCCGACCCUGUGUGUUUGAUUGAAUUGCACAUGGGAAGGAAUGUCGCAUCAUUAACUAUACUAAGGUAAUGCAUGUAAUCAUUGGAAAACUAUGGCAGCCUAGGGUGCAAUAGAAAACUCAGCUUGUGUCAAAAACAGUAGAUGAUGUCAGUGUCGGGUGUAGCAACAGCCAUCCUUGAUAGUUUCCUCAACACACAUUUGGAUUGACUGAACGAGAGUCUGUUCCAUUCCUGAAUUACAGGUUGUCCAAUUCAGCUAAGUCUUCCACGGUAUUACAAACCUUACGCACUAGAAAGACCCAGAUAGCAGUGCGUGUAAAUGCAAUUGGCCAUUACUCCGUACAAGGGUCACACCCUCUAAUUGUCGCAAUGCACACAUCUCGCACACAUGUCCAUAGAAAUUAAUAUCACCAAAGUGUCACCCAUUCCAUUCUAUUGUAUAUUAGACCUCCACCUCCCACAGAGUUUGAAAGAGUCUGAUUUAUUUGAUGUCUAUGAAACAGUAAGGACAAUUAGUUAUAGUGAUAACUGUAUUAUGAUAAUGUAUUUUUUAAACACAACAAUCAAUAUAUAUAUGUAAUAUAAUGUAUAAUCACAAUGAAAAUGGUAGAUGAAAUAUAACUUAAUACAGUGCACCCUGUCUAAAACGGACACCACUGUCAGAACACCUCGUUUAACAUAUCUACGUCAGGUCUAUUAUUAAAUGCAUGUCCAUUAUUGCUGAUAAAGCUGUCAAUAUAAAUUACUUGCGAUCGCAUAAAAAUCGCCAAAGAAUUUGCGAAAUCUGACAAUUUGCGAAAAUAUGUCUAGUUAUUUAUAGAAACAGGGUGCAGGGUAUAUUAUAUUAAUCUAUGAAGACAAUAAAUUAUAACCGGUAUGCUAAUCCAUCAAUGAUCUACACUAAUUUCAAGGCAUCUGAUAACAUGGUUUACAGAUCUAUCAUAUAUAGGCACAGAUUAUACAGAAUUCACCAGUUUUUGUACAUUCUCACCAAUUGUAAUUUCCAUAUUUAUAAAUAAUGUUUUGAAGCAUAAAAGUAAAGAAUAUACCCCCACUCUA